UCCAGUCUAGAGUUAUCUUUUUUGUUUUUUUCAAGACAGGUUUCUUGGUGUAACAGCCCUGGCUGUCCUGGAACUCAGCUCUGUUGACCAGGCUGGCCUGGAAUUCACAAAAGAUCCACCUGCCUCUGCCUCCUGAGUUCUGGGAACAAAGGUGUGCGCUACCAUACCCAGCCAAAGUUAUCUUUUUAAUAGAUGUGGUUAUAUUUAAUAGAUGUGGAAUAUUCCUAAUAUUCAUAGUAAAUUAUUCAAGGUAUUCAAAUUAAUGUCCUAACCCAACCUUGCCUCACCUUUUGUAGGACUGGCUUUUGUAUUUGAUCAGAUCACUUUGAAACUCCCACAGUUUGGGAGGGAAAGAGUUAGCUUAUACCCCUGGGGUAAUGUGGAAAUUCACUUCAGCUUCUGAAGUCUUUUCCUUUUUUUCUUCUCAAGCCUAUGGCUUUAAGUUCAUUAGGAAAUGACAAGAAUUGCACCCAGGAAGACGCCCUGGCAGGCUUAAGCAAGCAAGCUUAGAGAGUCACGCGACAAUAUUGUAAACGUCUCCCUGCCUGUGGCCUCGCCUGAGAAUAUGGACCACUCUUCUGUACACAUCUGUGCACGUGUCUGUUUUGCUGACAGCUAUACAUUAUAAUCUCUCAGUGCUCAGGGCUAUUCCAAGCUGGAGAAUCUGUUCUAGUGCAAUAGAACACUCAUCUGGAAUGCCUGCUGGUAAAAUACUUACUGGGUCAUGAAGACUGGGGCCAUUGGUUUUAUCCUUGGGAGUCCGGUAUCGAUAACCUACCUGCCUUUGGUGUUGACGAUCCCUGAAACAUUGGACAUCCCUGAGAAGCUACAACAAGCUGUGGGGAGAGUCAUUGUCAAUGCCACAGCUUGCAGUGUUACCUGUGGCCUUGGCUACAAGGAAGAGACGGAGUGUGAGAUGGGUCCCGAUAGAGUGAGGAGGAACUGCAAAUCCCAGCGUUUGGAGUGUCUGACCAACUGGAUCUGUGGGAUGCUCCAUUUCACCGUUGUCCAUGGGAAGAAGUUUGAGCUGAACUGUCUCAGCUCAGACAUCCUGGAGAAAGGGCAGGAUGCCUUCCGCUUCUCAUGGAAGCUCGCUCGGGGCAUCAUCUCUACCAACGAUGAGAUUUUCAAACCCUUCCGAGCCAACUCCCCCUUUCUACGAUUUAGGCCAGCCUACGAGUAUGACUCCGGGACAUAUAGAUGUGACGUGCAGCUGCUAAAAAACUUGAAGUUUGUCAAGAGGCUCUAUUUCGGGCUGAGGGUCCUUCCUCCAAAGUUGGUGAACCUAAAUUUCCAUCAGUCCCUUACUGAGGAUCAAAAGUUGAUAGAUGAGGGGUGGGAAGUUAAUCUGGACAACGAGUCUAAGUCUCACCUCCCAGUGUGGCAAAAGAAAGUGACAUCAGCCUUGAGCAUAGGGAUUGUGGCUGGAGUGGCUGGCGGUGUGUUGGUGAGCGUUGCUAUCUACAGGGUCCUGGGAGGGACUGAUGGCAGUGGGAAUCUCAGCUCCUUAUAAUGCAUGUCUUCCUCCCUCCCGGGAGGCUGGCUGCCCAGGAAGCUGAGCUAGCUUGUGUGUGAGUGUCCUGUGCCUCUGAUGGUGAAGUGGCAAGAGAGGGCUCGGAGCCAGGGUUGGCUAGGAGGCUGGGAAGAUGCAACCCCGUGGUAGUUCAGGGCAGCAUCCACCACUGUAUCAGGUUUCCUGGAUGCUCAGGAGACCCACUGCAGGCUUUGCUUCUGUUCACAAGGAGAGGGCUGUCUUCCAAGCUUGUUUUGAUGCCACCCUUCCCAGUGUGUAUGUGUGUGUGUGUGUGUGUGUGUGUCACUCACCCCCGACUCCACCUCUCUGAACAGUGUGUAUGGACCAGAAUGUACUAAUCGCAGCCUUUCAUCUUGGGAAACUUUAUU